AACACCUCCAAGUUUACCUUGUAAUACACGUCUUCUAGUAAACCUAUAAGGGACUAUAAAUAUGAAGACCUCUUCAUUUGCAUUCCCUUGGUCUUCGUCCUAAGCAUUUCUACCCUUCUCCCUCCAAUUUCCACCGUUUUCUUUCCCUUCAAACUCCCUUCCUAAACGCGCCAUUCCUGUUCUACCAGGGAAAAAAACGUUUCAUUUUUAAGGGCACGCAAUUCCCAGAAAUCCUUUAAUUUAAUUCCGAAUAAAUCCGACAUUUUCUUUAAUUCAGUUAGGAUUGACAAAACGCGGGAAAUUUGAGGCUAGAGACAUUGCGUAAGGAUUCAAGAUGACAAGUCUUCAGAUGAUUCUUGCUUGAGGGACAGUGCUUCAACCUGCAGUGGUAAGAACUCGUUAAAAAGGCGGUUUUUCAUCAACAAGAGGGUUGGAUAGUGAAGUAGUUUUAGGUUGAUUACAUAACAUAACAACUGUAUUCUGAUUAGUUAUCCUAGUGACCCUAAAAGGAUAGUGAGAUUCUCUAGCUUUAGGAUUCUUUAUAUAAGGCAAACUGGAUUCACUAGACAUGAUUUCAGGCCAACCCUCCCCUGUUCUGACUGAUCCUGCACCCAUCAAUCAGAGACUUGGGGCUCAUCCGAACUUGAUGCCUUACUCUCCGACAGGAUCAUCGUUCUCAUCGGGGAUGUACAUACCAAUUUCUAAGAAAAAACCUGGCUUGCUUGAAGAUGUUCUUUCCAAUGGGUGGUUAGAUGCCAUGAAAUCAUCUUCCCCUCCUCACAAACGACACUUUAAGGACUUCAGUGUCGAGAUUGCUUUAGACGACACUAACUUUCUUUAUUCUUCUUGGAUGACUAAGCAUCCAUCUGCCUUGGCUUCCUUUGGGCAAAUCACUGAUUUCGCGAAGGGUAAGAAGAUUGCUAUAUUUUUGGACUAUGACGGAACACUUUCUCCAAUAGUCGACGACCCUGAUCGUGCACUAAUGGCUGAUGAUAUGCGUUCUGCAGUUAUAAACGUUGCCAAGUAUUUUCCGACAGCAAUCAUUAGUGGAAGAAGCCGCGAUAAGGUAUAUGAUUUAUUAGGUCUAGCAGAACUGCACUAUGCUGGUAGUCAUGGUAUGGAUAUCAUGAGUCCUAUGCACAGAAUUUCCGAUAGAAAUUCUAACUUAAAUGACUCCAUUGACACGCAGGAUAAGCAAGCGAGUCUUUUCCAGCCUGCUACCGAAUUUUUACCCAUGAUCGAUGAGGUUUUUAGAACCCUUGUCGACACAACCAAGGAUAUAAAAGGCGCGAUAGUAGAGAAUCACAAGUUUUGUGCGUCUGUACAUUAUCGAAAUGUUGAAGAGAAGAAUUGGCCAACUAUUGCUCAGCUUGUUCAUGAUGUCCUUAAGAAUUACCCUCGUUUACGUUUAACUCAUGGGCGUAAGGUUUUAGAGGUUCGACCUGUUAUUGACUGGGACAAGGGGAAGGCCGUGGAGUUUCUGCUCGAAUCCCUUGGCUUAAGUAACAAAGAUGAUGUGCUCCCAAUCUAUAUCGGAGAUGACAAGACCGAUGAAGAUGCAUUUAAGGUGCUUCGAAAGGGAAACCGAGGUUAUGGUAUACUCGUAUCACCGAUGCCAAAAGAGACUAAGGCAUUGUAUUCUCUCAAGGAUCCUUCAGAGGUAAAGCAAUUUCUGGAAGCCCUAGUAAAAUGGUGGGAGCAGAAUCACUCCCAGUACAAACAAGAGGAACAAUUAAUUAACUAGGCUUAUUGGUUCUACAUAUUUUAGAUUGGAGUUUACAUUUUGAUCUUAUGCAGCAAAGGCUGCCAGCAUUGUUAUUAUUGCAAGUUUAAGUUGUAGUUUGUAAUUUUUUUUAUCUUUUAUUUUUCUCGCCUUUUUCAUUAAAUGUAUGUUUUAGGGUCAGAGUAAUCUGGAUAAUUGUACCAUCAAAACUAGCAAUUAAUACCAUCUUACUUUCUA